AUGGAGGGGACAGGCCAGCAGCGGCGGUGCGGGCCGAAGGCUAGGGUCGAGUGGGGCGCGGAGCCUGGGCUGGGAAGGGUGAGGGCUCGGAAGCAGGGCAGUCUCAAGGCAACCAGGGGUCUGGGCUCACGGAGAGUGCUGGUGUUCCCUUGCUCAUAUGCGUCCCGGCCUCGCGCCCCUCUGCUGCCCGCAUCGCCCCGGAUCCUUAACUCACCGAAGGGAGCGGCGAGGGGGCGGGGGCACCGCCAGCCGCUGCAGCCCCUAAGCCUCGGAUGGGACGCCGCGGCCUCCCGGCCACUGACAACAGGAAGCGGCUCCCGCGGCGCCUGA